CCAAGGAGCAGCUCGAUGAGAGGCCUCUAUUAUCUUGACUUACAUCUGCACUACCCGGCACGCACCACCAGACUAUCCGUCACUUCUCGUGCACUCAAAUGCCAGAUUGUACUGGCAUGCGCCCUCGGCAGCGUCUCAUGUGGAUCGUUUUUCCAAGCGUCAGGCGCCCUCUCGCUCAUUGCCGCGUACUGAUUGCCAUUAUUUAUGCAGCAUCCUGUGAUAUCGGUGUCAUGCACCUUCUACCCGAAAUGACUCUGAGCAAAAGGUGGCUACUGCUUAUGAAUCUGCUCCAAGGAUGCGCGAGACGCACGGGCGAUGGCCGAAGCGACGCAGCGGCGAGCGCGUAUUCUGUCAAGUCUUCCUAUAGACAACGUCGGUCCGGCGCGUCGUGUCGCGCGAGACAAAGACACGCCUGGAGUAUUUUGCUCGUUUACACGUCUUUCCAAUCCACUGCCUGAUCACGAACGAAAUGGCGUCAAGAAGGGAGCCCUUGACCUCGGAAUGUGCAGCUCAGUCGCGUCCGAGUACGAGCACUCGCUCGUAACGCCCGCGUCUCGGACUCAGAAUGCAUAUCGCCGCUCAGCGUACCCGGCGGCUGUCAUUCCCCAGACGUGGUCAAUGCGCGCGGCCUCUCUGUCUUAAGACAACCUUCUUCGGCAUCAACGUCUGAUACUGCCAUUCUUCUUUGCGCU